GAAAUUAAAGCCGGAAGAAACCAAGUUGUUUGAAGUGGAGAAAGUCGAUAUAUAAGAAGGUAAGUUUUGUUUUGUUUUUAUACAAAGAGCGUCAUAUUUACGCAGCUAGCGUUAGCGUCCACACAGUAACUACUACACCAGCUGAGGAGAGGAGAGCUUCACGUGAAGAGGAGAUAAAGUGAGCGAAGAACAUUGUUAAGGUAAACAACACGGGCCAUAGUGAGUACCGCGGGAACAUUUGAAGAGAGAGACAUUCUUAGCAGUUUGUUUAUAUGUAUGUAUUUGUGUAUAUGUUGCAACUAUACAGAGCUUUAGCAAUACUAUGUAACUAUGGUCGGUGGAGAAGUGAUCAAAUGUGAAGAGGGACAAAGUAAUGACAGGAUUGCAUUAGACAUGCUCAAGAACAAAUAUAGAGAAGACAUUCAAGGAGAGAGAGACAAAACACAGAUUCAACGGUAAACAUGAUGUAUCUUUCUAUUUAUUUAGCUAACCACUAUUUAGACUAUGUGUUUUUGAUUGACUUGAUUAAAUGGAUUCACUACAUCAAUGUAUACUUUUCGGGCCGCCAUGUUGUGUCCUUUCUGUGGCCAACAUCUGGGGACAGUUCAAGUGCUCUGUGGCUCCUGUGGCAAACAUGUACAGUUUGUGGCAGAAGUUGAACACAACAACAUUCCAUAAGGAGGGUCAGGAACUCACGGACCACCAGUGUCCCCUCCAUCCUCAGUGUGUCCCUCAUCAUCAGUGAACUUAACUGACGUCUCAUGAGAGGGAUCGAACGAGGCGCCUUUGAAGCCGCGGAUUGCUCCAUCCCACACACUGGCUCUAUUCAUAUUGAACCGGCUGCAAGAUGUAUUUGUUAUUUUUGCAGAGAGUUUUGCAACAAUGUGUGCCGCAGUCAGGUAUUCUGUGCUGGGAAAGACAAAGUGAUGUAUUGUAAUAUUAAAUGAUGAAGCUAUGAUAAGAUUUACAGUAUAGAUAGAACAAUUAAGUGGUAAUAGUAACAAUUAAUACCUUUGCUCCAUUUUGUCUUCUGGCUCAGACUGGCUAUCAAUAAUGAUAAGUGCAUACACAUUUGUGUAGUUGCUGCAGUGAGAAGACAGUUGAAUCAUGACUUUCAAAUACAUAAUAUAUGCAUGACAGUCAUAUUUACAAAAGGAUGUCGAUCCUCUAACUGUUUUCUCAAUACAUUGGGUUCUAAACUGACAACAGCACUGUUGUCAUACUCCUGCACAAUCCUUGUAAACAUUUGAAAUGGAUGCAAGAAGCAAUAUCUGACCUUUGAAAAAUAUUUGUGGGUGUUUUUUGUAUCGUCUUCACUGAGAUGUCAGAUGUUGUGGGUGUCAUUUGGAAAUGUAUGAAAGUAUAAUUGUUCUGCUUCCUGGCAAUGUUACCCACUGUGAUUGGAGGCUAUACAAACAAACAAAUGUAAAAUAUAGAUACACAGCAAACAACUGUGUCACGAUGCAACUGUCAACAUCGUUUACAUUACAUUUAGCUGACGCUUUUAUCCAAAGCUACUUACAAUAAGUGCAUCCGACCAAGAAGAUACAAACUUGAAGAAAACAGAAUCAUAUAAGUACAUCAGGUUUCAUAGAGCCAAAACAUUUCAAGUGCUACUCAACUGGCUUUAGAUAAACCAGUCCUUUGUUAGUAUAAAAGUCCUUUGUUAGUAUAUAAGUCCUUUGUUAGUAUAUAAGUCCUUUGUUAGUAUAUAAGUGCUUUGUUAGUAAUUGUAUUGCUCGAAGUGGAGUCGAAAGAGAUGAGUUUUCAGUCUGCGCCGGAAGAUAAGCUUUCUGCUGUUUACCUAUAAAGGUUGUUCUAAUCCCGGGCAGACUGGACCUCUUCCUGGAAUGGGGUUGGUUCUCCAUCCUAUUUUUACCCAGGAAAUAAGUGCAGUUGAUCUAAUGACAGUGUCAUAAGCACACAAAGGUAUUUAUUGAUUUCAUGUUCACAAACUCAAACCUACAUGGUAUAAUUACAUUUUUAAUUGGUCUUACCCGAUCAGACGCUGGUUGUGGGUGCCUGAGAGGUCUGAUAAAGGUAAACAAAAAAUAUAUUCAAACUACUGUACUGUUAAAAUAUUCUGCUUCUUGUGGCACAAAAUAAUAUGUUGACAAUGUUUUAUUUUACCCUGGCAAGCUGUUGUCCAUUCUUGGAGUGCUCACUUUUGGAACACUUGGAAUGUCUCACACCUACACACAAAUGACUGGCUGGAAUAAAAAUAAAUUCACUUUAAUUAAGAAUAAAUGUGAAUCCCUUUAUCCCUUACAUGAUAAAGGGAUUGAAUUUUUACACAAGGAAGCACCUUUAAUCUCUUGCUUAAACUCAAGUUUAACUUUCCUCUAACAGCCCAUGGACUUUAGGGGCGUGUCUGCCUCACAGACCAUGUGUUGGCUAGUUGGUCAUGUGACACCUCCCCAAAAACACCACAUUUCUAUGCCUAUAUAUGUAGAUUUCCCAUACUCCUAUUCAUAAAAAUAAACUGCAUUAUAAAGCCAAUAUAAGUGAAGGCUCUCUCAGUCAGGUCUUAGUUUAUUUAUUGAAUUUAAUUGGUAUUUAAAUUACAGUCCAAUCAAAAUGUCGCACGAAUAUUCAUCUGGCAGCUACUUUUCUGUGACACCCAUGGGAUUACGGGUUUAUGGCGAGCUGAUUUUAUACUUUAGUAUUUUAUAUCCCAUGACAUCCACAGAUUCUGUAAUAUUCUCAUAAAUGACACUUUGUAAUGUUUUUGUGCAUACUGGAAAUAAGGUCUAGGUUUUUAGUUGAACAACACUUUAUUAAGAAUCCAUCCGGACAUGUUAUGAGUCUGCUGCUAAUAUGAAUCGCGAAGGGGGAUUUCAUUUGGCUCUGCUGAUAACAGCCACAAGAUAACAGCCCCUCGUUGCAGUUGGACUCAGAGACCCCUCGGAUGCUUUUUUCCCCUCCUUCUAUAAACAACCACUGGUCUGCUCUCAGGAAGUACUGUAUGAAUAUUAAUAUGGAUGCAAACAGUGAGGAUGCCCAGCGUCUGAUCCAUCAGCGCGCGCUCAUAUCUGCGCAUUUUUUUGUUUUGACGCCUUUUUUUCCUUCUGUUUAAGCCUCAACUGUUUAUUUUGCGGAGGUCACGCUGGAGCUUGUGUUUUUUCCAAGCACACAAGGAUGGCGUUUCACCUGCUGAGUGUUUGCAGGGGAAGCUUUUGUAACGUCGCAUUGAACGGCAUCAUGGUUUUCCCACAGAGCUCACACCGAGCAGGGUACACCGAGCCUCGGUAGGACAGUGCUGUUUAUCAGACACAUGGAAGACCUUUCGCGUCAAGGAAAGGCGUCAGUCCGGUAAAAUGCGUCUGAAUAACUGAUUUUUCAUUUACUCGUCAAUUGACACAUCUGGGAAAAGAUUGUCCCCCCCCCCUCCCGUCUACCAAGACAGCUGUGUCAUCAACAACCGGCGUGGUGUUGUUGUUGUCUGAUUUUACGAGCCUGGGCCACUGGAUAUCUCAUAGCCUCUGCGCCAGCUAUAGGCUCCACACACACCAAGGUGAGUUGGCGGAGGCUGCCUCUGACAUACAUUCCCCUCUCGCGGGUCUUCUUCUAUACCAUGAGCUCGGGCUCUGCCCAGGAUGUGGCAGUCGAGCAUUUCCUGCGUGACAUAGAGAGGCGAAGCAAGCGGCUGCACUGCGCUGUGAUUGGCUGCGAGGAGGAGCGACCCCGCAGCGACAUGAACCUGCUGUAUCGUAAGAGCCGUCUGGACUGGAGGCAGAGGGACCAAGAAGGAAGUAAAAAGAGUUCCAACCAAAGUGACCCUUCAGCCACCGUUGGCAAAGUCAGAGAUUUGGCGUCUUUCCGCCGCCACUUCCGGAUGGGUUUCAUGACGAUGCCGGCGUCCCAGGACCUGUCCCCUCACUCGUGUGCCUCCGCCAUGGCCCCGCGCUCACAGUCCUGCCACGCUGUAGGGGCCGGGGAUAGUCUGGAGAACGGAGAUGACUCUGACACCCAGUCCCAACAUGGCGGCCGCUGCCCCCCCACCAAACCCAAACGUCACCCCAGCACUCGCCUCAGCACCUCGUCCAGCGACGGCAGAGGACUCGGUGACACGCCGCCCCCAUCGUUCUCUCACUCACACAAACACUCAGAGAAGAAAAAUUCCAUGAAGAAAUCUGACUCUGGAGACAUGGGAGGAAAGAAGGUGCCUCCUUUAAAACCCAAGAGAAGUCCCAGCACCCAGCUCACCUUCGACUCUCUUCCUCCACGUGUGCCUCAUUCUGCCGCAUCCUUACCUUUCCAGGCAGACUCUCAGAUCCAGCCUGGAGACAGGGAUGAUGAGCCGGUGUAUAUCGAGAUGGUGGGCCAGGUGUUCACCAGAGAAAGCCAGACGGCCACCCCCCACCCUGUCACCCCGGUGGCCACCACUCCUGACUCUGACUCGGACCAGAGUGAGGCCAUUUAUGAGGAGAUGAAAUACCCCCAGCACGAGGACAGACCCUCCCACAGACACCCCCUGUCCAAACAUGAGAAAAUGAAAAGCUCUAAACACUUCCAUGUCACCCCUUCCUCCUCCAGCAGCUCCUCCUCUCUACCACGCCCUUCCUCUUCCUCUCCUUCCUACUCCAAACCCAAAGCCACCGUGUCCAUCUCCCAUUCGUCCCCUCUUCCCUCCUCUGCGUCCUCCACCCCCGUCCCCCAGGUCCUCUCCACCAGUCCUCACACUCCCCGAGCUCCCACUCCCUACCUGCUGCAAGGGAGUAAAUCCGACAGCGAGUCCAACACAAAGAUCCCGGCCCCUUUCCCAAAUCUCCUCCAGCACCGACCCCCGCUGCUUGCCUUCCCUCAGCCAGCGGCAGCCUCCAGCGGGGUCGGGGUGCAAAACAAAUCGUCCUCUGCUAAAAUGGGAACUCAAACAUCCAGCGUGACGACCCAAGCCAGCUCCUCCUCGACUUCUUCUAUUGUUCCCUCGUCGGGCUCCAAGGAGUCGUCGGGAAGAAGUGAAUCGCAGCAGGACAAACACAGCAAGGACUCUCAGCUGGGACCGGCCCCCGGACUGAGAGCCAGAAGUCACUCCACACCCCUGCCUCCCUCCUCCAAGUCCACCUCCCCUUUCUCCCAUCACCACCACCACCCUCACCAUCGCCCUUCGCACUACCAUCACUAUCGCAAACCAGAGAGAGGAGAUUCCCCCGCUCCGCUGAAGGGCAGCUCUCAGAACCAGUCCACGGUCCAGACCCAGACCUCGAGUACAGGAAGGGAAGGCAAGUCUGUGAGCUUCCUGUUGAAAUCUGACAAAGAAGGGAGGGACAAGGAUAGGGAUAGAGAUAGAGAUAGAGACAAAGAUAGGGAUAGGGACCGGGACAGGGAUCGAGAUAGAGAUAGGGGUAGGGACAGGGACAGGGAAAGAGACAAGGAGAAAGACAGAGAUAGGGAUAAGGACAGAGAAAGAGAUAGAGACAGGGAUCGGGUUAGAGACAGAGAUCGGGAUAGAGACAGGGAUCGGGAUAGGGAUGGAGGCCCAUAUUCGUUACCGAUGGACCACACUAUCUCCACGUCUCAUAGCAGCUCCAGCUCCACCCCAAAGCCUCUGUCCUCGUCCAAGCGUCCUCACUCUCGCCCCCAUCUUCGCUCUCACACUCCUCACGGCCUGCCAGCGUACAAGCCCCCCUCCUCAGACAGCCCUCUGCUGUGGACCUACCCCUCUGGUGGUUUCCGGAGACCACCGGCGUACGAGAGCCUGAGAGGAAGUUCUCACACGCCGUCUCUCCAUCAGCCCUCCAGCCUCGAGGGGGCGUUCAAGAGCAACGGUGGCUCUUCGUCCCUCCAUUCGAAGGUUGGCUUCAUGCCCUGGGACAGCAGUGCCAGCUUAGCAGCAGAUGAGGAAUCGUACUGGCCUAUGCAGAGGAAACUGUCCUUCAGCCAUGGGAGCAGAGAGACAGAGAAGGAUGAAGGUCGUGCGUGGAAUGGCAGCGCUGAUGCCCUCUUACGCAUGGAUAAAGAGGACAUGUGCAUAGGGUCUCGAGGAGGACACUCGGGCAUCCCAGUGCACUUCAGCUCCAGCAGGGCGCACGCUCACAGCGAGUCUUUGGCUGGCAUGGACAGCAGCUCGGGGUUCAGAGCGCUGCCCAGACUCGGCCUGCCUCUUCCCUGCCAGACUUUUCCUGCCUGUCGCAAUGGAGAAGUGGGGCGGCUGGGCCGCUCCUCCUCUUCUGCCGGAGUGAGACAGGUGGGUGGAGGAGACGUCCAGAGACAGAGCAGCCUACCAGCUCGAGAAGCCCUGAAUCAGCUCCACGGUCUGGCCCAGCCUCAAGUGCCCUGCAGUCCGGGCGUGUCUCGGCAGCAGCAGCAGCUCCAGCUCCACCAGCAGCAGCUGCAGUUGAAGCAGAAGCUCCAGCAGCUCCAGCAGCAGCACCACCUUCAGCUGCAGUUCCAGCAGCUCGCCCAGCUGGCUCAGGGACACCCUCCUGUGGGCGGGGGCUGCUCCACCUCCGCCUCGCAGAGCCAGAGAGACGGCAAGCUGCUGGAAGUCAUUGAGCGUAAACGCUGCCUGUGCAAAGAGAUCAAGGCCCACAGGCGCCCUGACAAAAGCCUGUGCAAGCAGGACAGCAUGCCCAUCCUCCCUAGCUGGAGACGGACACCUGAGCCCCGUAAGACUGGCACGCCGCCCUGCCAGAGGCCGCAGGCCGUAGUUUGGGACACGGCGAUCUGAGGGGGAUAGACAGGGCUGCUAGUACAGCUCUGAAGAGACUCAACACACACAUGAGGUGAAGAUGAGGAGCAGUUAAUAAGAACGGAGAGUCAAAUGGGUUUAGGAUCAAGAUAAUUCUUGCUUUUAUUGUGAGAUAAACUGAACAGUAACGUAGAUUACUGGAAACUAUGAACUCAUUUGGGGGGGACAGAGGUGAGGAAAUGAAGUAUUACAAUCAGACUAAAUUCAUCUCUUACCCGGGUGAUUUGUACUUGCUCUGUGUCCUUGAUGUGUUCUAAUUGCCAAUGCUUUGUUGCCACAAAACGCCAGUGUUAUUGCCACAAAAUGAAGACGCCAUUUCAAUAAUGGUUGGGAUGUUUUCUUAGAUUGGUGUUGCCAAAUUUCCUGCUGACUACUUGAGACAUAAAUGAAUAAUAUAUUUUCUCCAACACACAGUUGUCCAAACUUGCAUAGAAACUGCUCUGUGGGCGAGAAAAGGCAAGACUCAUUGACAAGUUGUUGAAGUGUUUCUUGAAGUCGUGAAUGCAUUUGAGAUGUAUUGGUAUCAAUAGAUUGUCAUUGUGGAUGCAAAUAAUCAUCACGAGGAGUAAAAGCUACCUACUGUAUCUGUUUGCAUAUUUGUAAUGUAAAUCUAUUUACUUUCUCAACGUUUCUGCAAUUUUAUAGCAAUAUGCUCCAGAUGCCGGAGCAACAUAAUUAAAAACUUGUCAACUAGCCUAACAUACAUAUCUAAAGACUUGAAAAGUCAUAUUUACUGUGUCAUUCUCUGCAUGUCACGAUAGACAUAUAGUAUUGUAAAAGACUAUGUGUAGAGAUGAUCAUGUCAGACUUUUACAUACAGCAGAUCUUCACUAUGAUAACAUGUGGUUGUAUAAAAAGAUUAAUAUAUAUCGCCCGGGGUCGUUAGAGAGGGCGGAGCGACAGAUGGCACAUACUGUGCGGUCCAGCCAAAUAUAGAUACAGAUCAAUGAUACAAAAAAACGUCAUCACUCAUGCUUAUCCACAGUUGCACAUUAGUGAUUGUUCCACCACACAGCACUGACACCCAUUUACACUGACUGUACGAUACGGUGCAACUGAUAAGACUGUGACUAUUGAUCACCUCAAACAGAAUGCUGGAACAAUCUGCACAAAACAUGGUAUACGCUUAGGAGAAAUUAAACCCUAAUGUAAUGUAAAUAGAUAUGUACAACUGUAUUGAAAAUGUAGCAAUUAUUUCCAUUUUCAUACUUGUAAUCAAUACAUAUUAUGUAGCAUAUACUGUAUAAACAUAACUUUGUUCACUUGUUUUUUUCUAAAAGAAUUAAGUACUUUAUCUGCUGCAGCCAGUCCAUGCAUUACCUAUAGUUCUACUACUAAUAAACAGUAAGCCCUCUAAAGAAAGGCACAGUCCAACAGUUGUUUAUUUACAUUUAUGCAAGACUCCCUUUAAGAUGUGUUUUAUUUACACCCUUUUUUUCUACAUCCACUUUCAUUUGUGUACAGAUUUCAACGGCUCGAUGUCUUGACAUUUUGAAUACUUUGCUGCUAUCUUGAACUACUGGUGUUCAUUCAACAGAAACAUUAUUUAUAUCGUGCUUAUUGUUACAUAUUUGUUUUUAUUUCUGAAAGCCACGUGAACUGAAGUUUGUACCUUGAAGAGUGAGCCCUUCUGUAAUAGUAUUAAGGCACUUGAAUGUCUCUUGGUUGUUGUCGUUUUUAUGAUAGUUAGCACCAAGCUGUACAGUUACAGUGCACCCCGUGAAAAGAAGACCUAUCUAAAUGUUUGAGAGUCACUGCUUGGCCUUUUUGUUUUAUUUCCCACCUGCUCGUGUUUGAGGGUCCAGGUUUUUCAAGCUUUUACUGAGUCCAUUUUUAAACAAACACAAGUGAGGUUGAAGGAAAUGGGCAAGUGCAAUGCAUGCAGAGAUUCCUUACACUGAAAAUGUCCCAAUGAUACUGACUAUAUGUGCCCAAUUUAAUUCCAGAUACCAAGUAAAUCACCUUCUCACAGACUGACAUGGAACCCUAGGUAUCAUUUCCAAAAAUAGUUUACAGAAACUGUUGGUUUUGUGUGUCUUCUAAAACAGUGGCCAUUAUACGAGUGCCAUACUAUAUUGAUAUGGUAAGAUACGGUGUACCUUGGAAAUCACUGUAGUGCUAUAUUUGCAUUGAUAUUGUCAUUAAAAAUAAAUUUUAUAUAAUGAACUUUACACAACAAACAG